AUGAUGCUUCCAUGGCAGCGAAUGAGAUUCACCGGCACGGAUUCGGUGAAUCCCGUUCCACUUAACUUUAGAAGAGAAGUUUCCGGCGAGAAUCAACUCAAUACUGUUGGAGAUGCCGGUCACUCAAAUAACACAAUAACCAAGGAAGUAGCAAAAGUGAAGAGAAGAAACGAAAAGCUAGAAGAACGACUUGCGCGAGCAAGAGCUUCGAUGCGCAGAGCGGCUGCAAGAAACUUCACUUUAGCAACACCACACGACGACAUUUCCACCGGAACUGUUUAUCAUAACCCGCACUUAUUUUACCAGAGCUAUUUGGAGAUGGAGAAGAUAUUGAAGGUCUACGUAUACCCAGAUGGGGAACUACCAAUUGUUCACGAUGGCCCGUGCAAGGACAUAUACUCGAUUGAAGGGAGGUUCCUCCAUGAGAUGGAAUUUGGGGUUGGGAGGUUUAGGACCAAUGACCCCACUACGGCUCACGUUUACUUUCUUCCAUUCAGUGUGACAUGGAUGGUCAAGUACCUCUAUACACCAUCCACUUACGACGUCACUCCUUUAAAGCAUUUUGUCUCCGAGUAUGUGAGAGUGAUAUCUAAGAGGUACCCUUUCUGGAAUACAACUCAUGGUGCCGACCACUUCAUGCUUUCUUGUCAUGAUUGGGGUCCUCAUGCAUCAGAGGGAAACCCUUUCCUCUACAACACCUCCAUCCGGGUCUUGUGCAAUGCCAACACUUCUGAAGGCUUCAAUCCUAUGAAGGACGUGCCUUUGCCAGAAAUCCAUCUCUAUGGGGGUGAAGUAUCCCCUAAGCUCCUUUCACCUCCACCAGACGACGCUCCACGUCCCUAUCUUGCAUUCUUCGCUGGUGGAAUGCAUGGCCCAAUUCGGCCCAUCCUACUCCACCAUUGGAAAAACCGAGACGAUGAUAUACGUGUCUACGAGUACCUACCGAAAGACAAAGACUACUAUUCCUUCAUGCUCAACUCCAAGUUCUGCCUUUGUCCAAGUGGGUAUGAAGUGGCUAGCCCGAGAAUCGUGGAGUCAAUUUAUGCUGAAUGCGUGCCCGUGAUCCUGUCAAAGAAUUAUACGUUACCCUUCAGUGAUGUGCUGCGAUGGGAGGCGUUUUCAGUGCAGGUGGAUGUUUCAGAUAUUCCAAGUUUGAAAGAGAUGCUUAGUACAAUUCCAGAGAGCAAAUACCGGAAGCUCAAGCAUGGAGUAAAGGCUGUGAGGAGACAUUUUACUCUGAAUCAACCCGCUAAGAGAUUUGACGUCUUUCACAUGAUCUUGCACUCCAUAUGGCUGAGGAGAUUAAAUAUAAAUAUAAAACUCAGAUAA